AUGGCUAUCCAAGAAGCAAGAAUCGGCUGGUAUGGCCUGGGCUCCAUGGGCCUUGGCAUGGCCCUGAACCUGGCGCGGCACCUGAAGACGGUCGGGGCUCCGGCGCUCAGGUACUCGAACCGCACGCUCGAAAAGGGAAAGCCGUUGGAGGCAGCGGGCGCAUUGCCGGAACAGGACUACGCAAGCGUCGUGAAAGGAUCUGAUAUCAUCUUCACCAUGAUCUCGAAUGACCAAGUUCUGAAGGACUUGACCUCCAUUGCUGCUGAGUCAUGUGGCUCGAUCAAUGGCAAGAUCUUUGUGGACACAUCGACCGUGCACCCUGAUACCGCAGCUUCCGUGUUUGAUACCUUGUCGGCGAAGGGUGCCACAUUCAUCUCUUCACCCGUUUUCGGUGCUAGCCCCAUGGCGGCAGCCGGCAAGUUGAUCUUCGCCAUGGCGGGCCCCUCGGCGGCCCUCGCUGCAGUAAAGCCGUUGGUCCUGAACGUGAUGGGCCGGAGCAUCAUCGAAAUGGGCGAGGAUGUGCGGAAGUCGAGCCUGCUCAAGAUCUCUGGAAAUAUUCUCGUUAUCAGCUUCAUGGAAGUCAUCGCCGAAGCCCAGGUUUUUGCCGAGGUCACGGGAAUCGGCUGCACUCAGAUGGAAGAGUUCAUUGGCAACAUGUUUGGGCCCGUUUUGGAAAGCUACUCGCAUCGAAUGACCUCCGGUGCGUGGGCACCGCCACAUGGUACGCCGCCUGGCUUUGCUGCAUCACUCGCGGCCAAGGAUGCUAGACAUGCGUUGUCCAUUGCCCAGAGCAAUGACAUGCGCAUACCCACGAUGGACACGGCACUUGCCCACCUGAAGAUGUCACGCGCCUAUGCAGGAGAGAUGAUUGAUAGCAGUUCUGUUUACGGCAGCCUCCGCACCCAAGCUGGGCUUCCAUUCUGGUCAGAGAACAGCAGAAAGGAGCCAUAA